AUGGUUCAUAUUAACUCAUCGAAACUAAAUCGUGUUCGAGCUGAAACAUUUUUACAGUUAAAGGACGGCACUUUUACCGUUGAAUGUGGAAUUCGAGUCUCGAUACAGUACUUGCGUGAUUUGUUUACAGCCAAGGUUGAUGAGCGUUAUUUUAAUAAGCAAAAUGGAAGUAUCGAUAACGACUCGGACACAUCAACAACUUCCGAUGAUAAUGCAGCAAUUAGCCCAAAACGUCCAUUAAUGUUAUUAGCUGCUGAACAGGCAAACGUGGGCGAAAACAGAUCCUUUUGUUUAUUGUAUUCGACUUGUAUAUUUAUUUUCUUAUAUAAUUAUUAUUGA